AUGGCCUCCUUGCGCCCCGGGCCGACCGAGGCCAUCUCCGUCUCCAGUGGAUCAUCGUCUACCCCUCAGUAUACGCCUGUCUCUGAUCGCUCCGAGAAUGAUGGUUCUCCCAAUCCAAAUCGACCAACGGCUGGGUCCCUGAGAGUUCAGACAGCCUUCAGCUCAGACGGGGAGUCGUUUACUGACGACGGGUUCGAUGAAGGAUAUGAAUCCUACGAAGAUGUGCAGCCCCUUUCGAGUAGUAGAACUAGCAUGCCAAAGUACACAAAAGAGGAAGAGAAGGGGGUCAUCAAGCAAUUCGAUCGCAAAUUGGUCCCUUUUCUAGCUCUCCUCUAUCUGCUUUCGUUUCUAGAUCGCUCAAACAUUGGAAAUGCCAAAAUCGCCGGUCUCGCAGACGACCUGCAUCUCUCGUCAUCGCAAUAUGAAUGGCUCCUCACGGCCUUCUACAUCACCUACAUCCUCUUCGAAUGGAUGACGCUCAUGUACAAAGUCGUCCCACCGCACAUCUACAUCGCUCUCUGCGUCUGCGGCUGGGGCCUCGUCGCAUCUUUACAAUCGCUCGCUACUUCAUUCGGAGCCCUCGUCUUCCUUCGAGCAGCUCUCGGCAUCACCGAAGCAGCAUUCGGCCCUGGCGUGCCCUUCUAUCUUUCACUCUUCUACAAGCGCGAAGAGCUCGCCUUCCGAAACGGCCUCUUCAUCUCCGCUGCUCCCCUCGCCUCAUCCUUCGCCAGCAGCCUAGCCUGGCUCAUUGUCCGCGUGAGCGACAACGGCCCAAUCGCUCCCUGGCGUACCCUCUUCCUAGUCGAAGGGUUCCCCAGCAUCAUCGUCGCCGUCUUCGCCUGGGUAGUCAUCCCCGAUACACCAGGCAGCGCCUCAUUCCUGAACCCCCGGCAGCGGGCAAUCGCACAGCUCCGCAUGGACGAGCUCAAACCAAACCACAGACCACAUCAGCAGCAAUCGCAGCAACGCAAAUCCUUCAACUGGAAAGAAGUCAAGAAGACCCUCGCCGAUCCCAAAUCCUACAUCACAGCCCAUGGGCUACAGCUCCCUAACAUCCCAAGCCCUCUCCGCCCCACCGUACCUCCUCUCCUUCCUAACCGUCCUCUUAACAUCCCACCUCUCGGACCGCACACGCACGCGCAGCCCCUACCUCAUCUUCCACGCGCUCUUGUCCGCAACCGCCUACGCCGCAAUCGCCCUGGCGGGGCAUUUCCACUCCUCCCUCCCAUCUCCCAUCCACGUCGCAAUUCGCUACCUGGCCGUCUACCCCGCCACAUCGGGGUUCUUCUCCGCCAUCACGCUAAUCAUCACCUGGACCAUGGACAACCGGCCCGCGAACGAGGGGAAGGGCGCCAGCGUGGCCCUGCUGAAUGUCAUUGGGCAGUGCGGGCCGCUGCUCGGCACGAGGCUGUAUCCGGCGAGUCAGGGGCCGUGAGGGUUGGAUUGUUAGAUAGAAGGAUACCGGCAUGCUCGGACUAUGAUAGAAUCAUCAAUUUAUCAACAAUUCGGUAG